AUAGAGCGAAUUUAUUAUCUUAUUAACGCUAAAUAAUACAAAUCAGACCGGAAAGGGUCAAGCAUGACGGACACACUUGAAGACAUGGAGAGUUUUUUGAAGAAUGUUGACAAAAUAAGUGAGCUCGUGAAGGAUCUAAAGUCUCCUGAUGUCGAUGUCCAGCAAAGAGCAAUAGAGACGGCUGACUGCUACAUCACUGCUUUGGAAGAACCCUGCAGGACAAAAGUCAACAAGACGACAAUCAACACAAGCCCCUCCCCUCAGCCUUCAUUGGAGCUGCAGAAUGACAGUCCAGAGACUUUCAUGAAGAAUAUGGAGAGAGAUGCUGAAGACAGGAGAGUGAGGAGGAAUGAAAAAGCAAAAAAGGCAACCGAAUGCAAAGACGAGGGAAAUGAAGCGUACGCUCGAGAAGACUACGACACUGCGGUGAAGCGUUACAGCGAUGGCUUGGCUGAACUGAGGGACCUGCAGCCAUUGUACACCAACCGAGCACAAGCUUACAUCAAGCUGGGGAGGUACAAGGAGGCCAUCAGUGACUGUGAAUUGGCCUUGAAGUGUGAUGAGAAGUGCAUAAAGGCUUACCUACACAUGGGGAAAGCAUAUCGAGCCGUGAAGAAAUAUAAGGAGUCUAGAAACUGCUUUGAAAAGAUUGUGGAAAUUGACCCUCUAAAGGAGAAGAUGGUGAAAGAAUACCUGGACCAGAUUGAUUUAGAAGAGGGAAGAGAGAAUCAGGAGACGAAUGCAAGACAAGAGUUCGUCAACGGAGAGGGGAAUGGACCGAGAGUGCUCCAGCUGCUGGAGAGCUUUUCAAGACCUGGCCAGAUUCCUUUGUACUACUCUGGAGGAUUGGAGCUCCUGUCACAAGCCGUUACCGACUGUACAGCCCGGACACUCUUCCGACUGAACAAUGGCUUUAGUGUCAUCAGCAGCAAUGACACGGUGAGAAGUUGUCUGUUGCGGGAAACAAAGGAUGCAGAGAGCCAGGAGUUGUGUGCGUCCGCUCUACGACUGUGGAGGGUUCUCUGUUGUGGAAACGAUGAAAACCAGAAGAUGUUGAUGACAUUCCCACUCAACAGGCGCUCCAUUGUUCUCUUGAUAACAUCGGAGCACGUGGCGGUGCAGCACGAAUGCCUGGCGUUGCUCCGCGUGUACUCGCGGUCGCCUCACGGAAGACGUUUGGCCAUCGACAGCCUGAAUGUGCCGAGGUUAGUGAGGAACCUCAUGGCGUGCGUCUCAAAGCCAGAGCGGCAGCAGCAGAACACAGCAGCGGACAUUCUGGAGGACUUUGCAGCAGAAAACAAAUUUCGCAUUCAGUUAAGGGACGUGUUGACAAACUUGGUCAUUGUGCCAUUUACAGCAUUACUGAGAAAUAUCAGCGCGUUCAAUCGGCACGUCGUUGCAACGCUGAUCUCGGCGAUUGGCGGUCUGGCCCGAGAUGACGUCAUCUGCCACAGUUUGGCUCACGAUCCAGAAUGUUGGAAGGCUUUCGUGGUCGCCAUGAGGCAGAGCAGUGAAUACAAGGAGCUCAUCUACCCAAUGCUUGGCUUGAUCAUCAACCUCUCAGCUGUCAGCUCCCCAAUCAUCCAGGAGCACGCCGUUUCACUCUGCAACUGCUGCCUGGGCCUGCUGAGGCAUCGCGAUGGAGGAGUGAUAACUAGAGCCACAGGUGUGCUGAGCUCUGUCCUCCCUCGGUCCCCCGAGGCUGUCCAGCAGGCUAUCGAGGGCGGUGCGAUCCGGACCAUGCGCUUGAUGUUAAAGGGAACCGGGCCGACUGCCACCAAGUAUGCCAUUAAGACUCUGACACUGUGCACAGCUGCCAGUCACGUGGCCCGGGAGGAGCUGCUGAAGUCUGAUAAAAAACUGUCUGUUCUACGUCAUUUGCUGGCUUCCAGCGGUGAUGAGAUGGUGACAGGAAAUGCAGCCCUGUGCUUGGCCCACUGCCUUGACUUGGAGGGGACCGGCAGCUCCCUGCUGGGCACCGAUAUCGUGCCGCUGCUGCUCCGCCAUGCUGCAGGGGGCGCUAAGAGGACGGCCGUGCGGCAAAACGCCGCGAUCGCUCUGGGGAAGCUGUGUCGAUCAGAGCCCAGACAUAUGAACAAACUGCGAGAACUUCACGGCUUGGAGAUCCUGCACUCUUGUAUGAAGCUCAUCGCAUGGACGCCAUAGUACAUUGUUCACUCUCCUUGUUUUCAGUCUUGUUCUCCUCUGUUUGGCUUUACACAGAUAACCAAAUGACAAAAAAACACCAGUUCUUGUAAUCAUAUAAUCCAACUUUCUCUUAUCCCUGACGGUUUUUAAUUGCUGUUCCAAUCACUAUAUAUCCUUUUUCAGAUUUUCUUGAUUUCAUUUUUCUUUUUAUGUCUCGAGAAUAUCCAAAGACAUAGAAGCUAGAUGCUUCAUCUCCAUAAACAAGGCUAAGCACUUUAGCAACCUUA